AUGCCUCCUAACGUCAUCAACUCUCUCAUCUCCAAGCAGACGCGAAAAGCGCUCCUUGACUACCUCAUGAAGGAGGGCACAAUUGUGGUGAAAAAGGACUACAAGCUCCCCCAGCAUGAGGAGACUGGGUUGCAGAACCUCCACGUCAUGAUGAUGAUGCGUUCGCUGACGUCUAGGAACUACGUGACGGAGGUGUACAACUGGAGGUACCUCUACUACGUGUUGACUCCGGAGGGCAUCGAAUAUAUCCGUCAGGAGUUGCAGUUGCCUGCCGGACCCAUGCCAGCCACUUACGCCGUUAAGGUUCGUGCUCCCCGCACUGACCGUGACCGUCCCCCUCGCCGCAACUUCGAACGCCGUGGUGAAUUCGACCGCCGUGAGCCUCGCGGUGAUUUCGAACGCCGUGGUGAGUUCGACCGUCGUGAGCCCCGUGGCGAACGUCCCGUGGAGUCCCAGGCUGCCUGA